AUGUUCGGAAUUGACUUACAAGCAGAAGGAACGCCAUAUAAAGAAUAUGUUCUUUACUUUUCCCUGUUAGCCUACGUAGGCGAACAGUACCUAAGUCUUCGUCAGUAUCGGAAGCUAUGCGAGCCUGAUCCUCCAAAAUCACUUCAAGACAUUGAUGAAGUGAAGAAGAAAUUCCAGAGUGCCCAGGCCUAUGGAAAAGAUAGGUUGAAGUUUAGAUUUGUAUCGGAAGGUUUUUUGCAGCUGCAAACGAUGGCAUAUUUGGUUUUCGAUUUAUAUCCAUGGUUGUGGGAUGUUUCUGGAAAUUGGUUGGCAUAUGCGGGAUAUGGAGAGGAAUACGAGAUCACACAAUCGCUAGUUUUUACCGUAUUAUUCUCCUUGCUGACAUGGAUCAUGUAUCUUCCGUUGACACUUUAUAAUACCUUUGUAAUUGAAGAAAGGCACGGAUUCAACAAGAUGACUUUACGACUGUUCUUCAUGGAUACUUUGAAGGGAUUUCUAUUGGCUGGAGUCAUUGGUUUGCCCGUGGUGGCUACAGUUCUGCAGAUAAUAAAGUGGACUGGAUAUAACUUUUAUAUAUACGUGUGGGCAUUUAUGUUAGUGUUUAAUUUCAUUCUGAUCACAAUAUAUCCUACAUUUAUCCAGCCGUUGUUCAACAAAGUAGAUCCAUUACCUGAUGGCCCACUCAGGACAGAGAUUGAGAAGCUUGCUUCCAGUAUCAAUUUUCCAUUGAAGCAGUUGUAUAUAAUUGAUGGGAGUACGCGAUCCGCGCACUCUAACGCGUAUUUUUAUGGAUUCUUUAAGAACAAAAGGAUUGUCCUCUUUGAUACUUUGCUCGAUCAAGUAGAACAAGAGGAGAUUCUCGCUAUUGUUGGUCACGAAUUGGGUCACUGGGCACUCAAUCAUACUGUAAAAGUCCUAGUAAUAUCACAAGCACAGAUAUUCAUGCUGUUCUAU